AUGGCACCUAAGAAAGCAGCUGAAACUAGCACUUCUCCUGAGAAAGAGGUCAAGAGUGAAACAACAGAUGCUUCUGAAGAGCCCAGCAAGGCAGUAAAGAAGGUUCCUGCUCAUCCUCCCACGAUGGAGAUGAUUAAGGAGGCUCUGAAGGAGCUGGACCAGAGAAAAGGCGUGUCCGCUCAGGCUAUCCGCUCCUACAUUAAAGAAAAAUACACCACCAUGGACGAGUCCAGGAUCAAAUUGAUGGUGCGCAAAGCUCUCAUUAAAGGAAUCGAGUCUGGAGUGUUUGUGAGGCCUGCAAACUCCAGCACCACCACUGGGGCUCAAGGUCGCUUCCGGCUUGCCAUUAGAAAGCCAAAAGAUGCCAAACCAGCCAAGAAGAGCAAGGAGAACUCUGACCCCAACACUGGUAAGGCCAAAGAAGCUAAAGCAGGUGACGUGAAGAAAACAAAGUCUGUGACCGAGGGAGCGAAACCUAAGAAAGCGAAGAGCGACGCUGCUGCCUCCAAGGUCGCUCCGGCCAAAAAGCCCAAAGCCAAGCGCUCUGCUGAGACCGAGGACACGGGAUCCAAGACCAAAACUCAGAAAACCUCCAAAAAGGCACAAAGUAAAGGUGACCAGUCUGGAAAAUCUUCCGCCAAGAAAGGAGGAAAGAAGGCGGCGCAGAAAGCCGAGGAAGGUGCGAGCGAUGGUGCGGAGGUGACCGUGCCGAAAAAAGGUAGCAAGAGAUCCGAGGAUGCCGGUCAGGGAGCAGCAGCACCAAAGAAGGGAGUAAAGAAAGCGGCUCAGAAAGCAGAAGAUGGAGGUGGUGAGAAGAACGCUGGUGCCAUUCCUAAAGCUGCAGGGAAGAAGAGCAAGAAAGCAGCAGAGAAAUGAUUGUUCUGAUUUUAAUUUGUGCACUUCUGUAUAUAUUCAAUAAAAGCUUUU